AUGACCGUUAAAGCUGGUGCAGUGGCGUCUUGCGUGGAUGGAGGGUCUAUAUAUGCAUUGGCGCUAGCGCUGCAAAUCAACGUAUCCAUGAUGCUCAGUCGCGGAUCUGGCGAUGUCUGGACACCCACGCUUCUUCUUCUGGUUCUCAACCCUCCACAAAAUAUUUCGCCGUUGUUCUUGUUAAGCUUAAACAAGGAGAGGAGUGAAGCUUGCCAGGCUAGCCCUACAGGCUUAACGGGAAGCGUUAUGCGCACAACUAUAAGCACUAGUUGA